AUGAUAAUGAAUACAAAAUCAUUGACUAUAUCAAUGUUUAUCAUGACUUUGUUAAUGAAGAGAUCUGAUCCAAGUCCGACGAUUAAUGCAAUAAUCAAAGACAGAUGGAAGAAAUUUUUGAUAAGGCAGGAGAAUGAGGAAUUUUGGUAUAACUUCUUUGAACUUAUUCUAACCUGGCUUGAAUCAUGCUAUUUUAAGGGAUCUCUAUGGAGAGCAGCACUGUUUCCUAAUGAAACAAAUUGA